AUGACGACUGCACUCCCAAGGCCAUCGCGGCCCUCGAUCGGACCGCCAAAUAUGGCCCUCCCAGCGCUGCCUAUUUCGAAAUCCCGAAAGAGCACCGGCAAUAUUCCCACGCCUAGAUCCGCACCAAGCACCCCUAUUAGCGGUCUUCGGGCUCCUUCAGCAUCGCAUCUUGUCCAACCUUCAAGCCCGUCGCCGGUACCGGCACUACCUCAACCGAGGGUCACCGCGAUUGCGAAUGCGACGGCCUCAAAGACACUGCGCAAGGCUGUGAGCAUCAACUCCUUCCCCCACCCUCCCAGGGGCGACAACAGGUCUGGAUCCAGUCUACCGCCUAGUCCGCGGGCAGGCGACAGGCCUCGAUCUUCUCGAAAAUCAAAGGCCCCUAGGGAGUCGAUGCGUAACUUUGAUGCGUCUACCCCGAGUUUCCUUAAUGGUAGUGCCGAAGGAAAGUCAAUUACCAGCGUUCGCAUGUCGGAUGGACUAGUUAGCGUUAUUUCAGAGCCACAGAGCAGAAGUUCGUCGGCACAGGACUCUUAUUCUACAUCCGCGACCACAUACGACGAACCUGGCGACAGUUCAGCAUCUAAAACAGACGGGGCCGCAGGCGAUAAGUCGGCAGGCAAGCAUGAUGGCAAAGGCAACGUCUUGGUGAGCGUCAGAGUGAGGCCCUCGACGAAUGCAGACCACGGAAGCCCUGAGGGCGAGUGGAUGGUGGAUGGCCGCCGAUCAUUGAUUUCGUAUAAGGGAAAAGAAGGCGGAAAUUACUUUUACGACAAUGUUUUCACAACUCACGACAACAACUCUCGUGUGUACGAUCAUUGUGCGAAACGAUUAGUUCGUAGGGUGAUGGAGGGAUAUCACGGCACGGUAUUCGCGUACGGUAUGACAGGAACAGGAAAAACCUUCUCGAUGCAGGGAACUGCUUCAUCCCCUGGUGUCAUCCCGUUGGCUAUCACCGACAUUUUCUCAUACAUCCGUGAAACCCCAUCCCGCGAGUUUUUGCUUCGAGUCAGCUAUCUGGAAAUUUACAACGAGAAGAUUCACGAUUUGCUGAGCAUGCCCACGGCGAGCUCAGUUGGCGGCGCUGUCCAGCAGGAGGAAAUCAAGUUGCGAGAGGACAGCAAAAGAGGCGUAUAUGCAACGCCUCUGAAGGAAGAAAUUGUGCAGAGUCCUACCCAGCUGCUUAGAGUCAUCGCGCGUGGAGAUCAAGCUCGUCGAACCGCGAGCACACAAUUCAACGCGCGAAGUUCUCGAAGUCAUGCUGUCGUUCAAAUUGUGGUCGAGAGCCGAGAGCGAAUGCCAGGAGGACCUCCUGGAGCCGAGACAAACAAACGCUCGGGAAUCGCUCCUGGAGGUGUGAGAGUAUCUACUCUUAGCCUGAUUGAUUUGGCUGGCUCUGAGAAGGCUGCAGAAUCCAAGGAACGAAGACAGGAGGGUGCACACAUCAACAAAAGUUUACUGACCUUGGGAACUGUUAUUUCAAAACUUUCAGAAUCGAAGGAGGGCAAGGGUAUCGAUAAAGAGGGGAAGCAUCUGCCAUAUCGUAACAGCAAGUUGACACGUCUUCUUCAGGGCGCGCUGUCUGGCAAUUCUCUUGUCAGCAUUCUUUGUACCAUUCAGAUUGGUGCUUCAGGUACCGCUGCAGCUGUUAAUACCCACACCGCCGAGACGCUGAACACUAUGAAAUUCGCGUCCAGGGCCAAAAACAGCAUCGUGAGCCAUGCGAAGCGGGCAGAGGAGUCAUUUGGAGCAGGGGGCGAUGGUGGUGCUCGAGUGUUAUUGGAGCGUUACCGGAUGGAGAUCCAAGAGCUCCGUGGCCAACUCGACUCUCAGGCCAAGGACAAGAAAAAGAAGAAGAGCGAUGAAAUAGAGAUUGAAGAAAAGGACGAGAAGGUACGAGAACACCAAGCUGCCGAGCGUCACGAGGAGCAGAUUUUGGAAAUGCAACUCGCCAGGACUGCGUUGAAGGAGCGAAUCGAUCAUCUCAACCGGUUGAUUCUCAGCUCCAAGUCUAUUGGAGUAAAUUCAAAUGGAUCUUUGAGUGCCCUGGGUCAUUAUGGACGAUACUCUCAAGUUUCCUUACCUGGGUCUAUUCGCUCGUCAGUUACAACCUCCAACGGAAGUAAGCUAUUCCUGGAGCGGUCGUCCUCCAUGACCUCUGCAUCAUCAACUGUUGGCCGACGAUCGAGCGCUGGAGGUGCCAAGGUUUCUCCUCGGUUAUCGGGAGAAGGCACAGAAACCAACUCGACGGAGGAAGAAAGUAUGGGCGAGUUCGGAGAUGGAAAUGCAUCGCUAAAUGCCCAGAAUCGGGCUCUCCAAGCGGAUCUGGUCGACAAGAACCGAUAUAUUGCAACACUGGAGAAACGACUACUUCAAGCUCGUAGGGCUAGCACGUCACGUACUUCGGUUGGGAUCGGCGCAACGACCAAGGGGAUAAUGGUUGGAGAAGACCACAGCGUUUCUGCUGUUCUCAAAGAGAAGGAUGCAGAAAUUGCUGAUCUCCGGGCACGACUGGACGAUAAGGAUCGCAUGUUGGCAGCGCUUCGUAGUGCAGCUCGGUCACGCGACACUGCUGAAGCUCUCUCCGAGCCUCGGUCGCCCGUCUCGCAAGAGGGAAUACCCGACUUUCCCGUGGUCAAAAUAGAGCGGAAACCAAGAAGGAGUGUUGAUGAAAUGAACAGAAUGUUGGACGAAAUGAUUCAAGAUGGGGUCGAGACAGGCCAUAUCGUUCGGGGCACGCAUGGUAGCGUGCGUCUUCCUGCAGGCCAGAAGCCAAACACUCUCAAGGAGCCACAGCACAUUGAACCCUUGAGACGCAGUCCCACUCCAUUGGGCGAUAGAGCAAGGACACCCGUGCCGGACGCACCUUGA